AUGCCGCGUGGAACUCAUCUCGACGAGGAAGACAAGCUCACCAUACUAUACUUUGCAUCUCAAGGCAAACGAGACCCAAAUGCCUACGGAAAGACCAAGCGCCCAGGAGACCAAGCAAACUAA